CAAGUCAUUGGAACUCGCGACCUUCAGCAAGCCAAAAUUUCAAAUCCAAACUCCAGCCUCAUCUGCAAGCAGCAAGCAGAUCCACAGUCGUAGCUUCAUAUUCCUGAAGCUCACGCAUUGCCCGGCACUUUUUACAUUACCAUCAUUGUCGCAUCCAGUGUUGUGUCGCGCUUGAGCUUGAAUCAAUUGCCGCAGCCAAAUAUGAACGGCGACAAUUACUCCUCGCGAGAUGGCCGACACGGCUCAUCUCGUGACUACCCGUCUAGAGAUGACAGGCGCGAUCGGGGCGAUCGGGGCGAUCGUGGGGAUAGAAGAGACCGCAGACGAUCACGAUCACCUAGACGUUCCCAUCGCGAGGGAAAUGAAGACUCGUAUGCUUCGAGUCGCAGCCACCGCGACCGCGAAAGGGAGGAUAGAUACGGUGGUGGCGGUGGCGGAGGUGGUGGUGCAGGUGGUGCUGGAGGCGGUGGUCGCGACAGAGAUUGGCGAGGAGGCGACAGAGACCGGGAACGGGAUCGAGGCGGCAGACGGGACCAUCGCCGCGACGAUGGCGGCCGACCCCCGCGACGAGACCGCGACUUGUUCGACGACAGGCGAGGCGGUGACAGACGCGACGGAGGAAGAGGACGCGACGGCGGAGCUGCCCCUGCCGCUGGGCGUGACAGAGACGAGGACCUGUUUGCGCAAAACCGACGUGGCCGCAGCGCCACCCCACCCCCCAAGAAGCGAGAGCCGACUCCUGACUUAACAAACGUCACCUCCGUCCUGAACAGGAAGCGCCGUAUGACGCAGUGGGACAUCAAGCCUCCGGGUUACGAGAACGUCACCGCAGAGCAAGCCAAGCUCUCCGGCAUGUUCCCCCUCCCCGGUGCACCAAGACAACAGCCCAUGGACCCCAGCAAGCUCCAGGCCUUCAUGAACCAGCCGGGUGGUGCCGUCAACAGUGCCGCUUUGAAGCCUUCCAACAGUCGCCAAUCGAAACGUCUACUCGCAUACAACAUUCCUGCGAACGCUACCGACGAGAGUGUCAUCAAUUUCUUCAACCUUCAGUUGAACGGCCUCAACGUCGUCGAGAGCACCGACCCCUGCAUCCUCUGCCAGAUAUCCCGUGACCACACAUUCGCAUUGUUAGAAUUCAGAAAUGCGUCCGAGGCAACCGUCGCUCUUGCCAUGGACGGUAUCUCUAUGGAGCCCGAUGAAGCAAUGGGCAACGGUGUGGCAAAUGGAAGCGGUCAUGGCCUCCAGAUCCAGCGGCCGAAGGACUAUAUCGUACCGGCGAUUGCUGAAGACGUACCUUAUGAGCCAGGUGUGAUAUCCAAGGUGGUAAUCGAUACCCCAAACAAGAUCAGCGUGACAAACAUUCCUCCUUAUCUCACCGAGGAGCAAGUCAUGGAGCUGCUGACAUCAUUUGGAGAGCUCAAGGCUUUCACUCUCGUCAAGGACGCUGGCACAGAGGAGUCAAGGGGCAUUGCUUUCUGCGAAUAUGUAGAUUCCGCCGCGACGGACAUCGCCGUCCAAGGCCUCCAUGGCAUGGCUAUUGGCGACAAGGCUCUCAAUGUGAAGAAAGCAAGUAUAGGCAUCACGCAAGUGGCAGGCGUCGAGAUGGGUGUGAAUGCCAUGUCCAUGCUCGCAGGUACUACGUCGACAGACCAGGAGGAAAGCAAAGUGCUGCAGCUUCUCAACAUGGUGACAGCAGAGGAGCUUUUGGACAACGAUGAUUAUGAGGAAAUCUGCGAGGAUGUUCGCGAUGAGUGUGCCAAGUUUGGCCAAGUUGUGGCAUUGAAAAUCCCCAGACCUAGUGGUGGAAGCAGGCAAUCUGCUGGAGUUGGCAAGAUCUUCGUCAAGUUCGACACUACGGAAUCAGCGAAGAAAGCCUUGAAUGCCUUAGCUGGUCGCAAGUUUGCUGAUCGCACCGUCGUCACGACAUAUUUCCCCGAGGUUAGUGAAGCCGGUCCUUUGGGACGUCUCAAACGCUGAGCAGGACAUAUUACUAAUGCCAAAUCUAGGAGAACUUUGAGGUCAGCGCGUGGUAGAAGCGUUAACGGGCACGUGGGAGCUUUUCACCAAUCACUUGACGAUCUGUUUGCAGUGGUUUCAUCGGGAUGGGAGGUAUUCCAGGAGUCAU